CCCAUAUGAGUGUCCUAUAUAUAUAUAUAUAUAUAUAUAUAUAUAUAUAUAUUUCGAAGAUUAUGUCAAAAUCUAAAAAUAUUUAUAUUUUACGAACGGAGGGAGUACAACACACUCGCGCACCUACAAAGUACGCCCUAAAUUCAAUAUUUACGAGUAUCCGAAUUUGAGUAUGUGUGGACUCUGUCAUCGGUGCUUGGUACGUGUUCGUGCAACUGCGCACCCUUGCAAGUCAUGAAGACUAGAAUACGUCAAAUGCUUCUUCCUAUCAACGUCUAAUUCAAUUUUAUGUUUGGAUUAGAAACUAUCAAGUGUUUGUCAGGAGUAGUUAUGCCUAAUAAACAGUAGUAUUCUACUAUACUAUUAUUAUUCCCAUUACAAAUAACGUUACCUUUUCGUUAUGAGUUCUACUUUCGAUAAAAAACACUUGUACUCCCUUUUUUUUAAACAUUUAUACUCCCUUAAUUAUCUUGCUAGAUAUUUUUAAUGGAACAACGCAUGCACUACUACAUAUCCGGACAUCAGUGAUGGGUCAUCCGUAAUGGGUCAACAUGACUUUUUAGAAAUGAAUUGUCUCUAACGGACCGAAAAAUAACUAGUUUAAGAUAUGACUAAUGGGAAGGGCCCAUCAUAGAUGUGAGGUCAUCUGUGACGGAUGGUAGUUAUAACCUGUCAGAUCACAACUAUGGCUCGUCACAAAUAUCAUCAUAAAUGAGACCACUCAUCUCUGACGGGUCUUUAACACCAUAUAUCACAGAUAACGGGUGCCAAUUAUGACCCAUCACUGAUAAGGGAAAAUUCAAAAUUUUAAAUUUUGCAAAAAAAAAUCUCGGAUUUGGGACAUGCCUUGUAUAAAAGUUGUUGCUCUCAAUGAUAUAUACAACUUUAUAACUAACAUCAUUUCCAUUUUAAAUCAUUGAAAUCCCUGUAUAUGCAUUACAAGUGAUGAGAUCUACUUAUAAAAAAGAAAUUUUGAGUUUUUUCAAAUGACCUGAUGGAAACAUGCCCCACAUCAAAGUCAUUGAGCUCAACUAGAUCUACAAAACUAUAAUUGACAAUAUUUUCAUUUGAGAUAGUUUAAGGUGAGAUCUAUUUUGAAAAAUGAAAUUUUGAAUUAUUCAAAUGACAUCGAAUGGAGAUAUUCUCUAUGCAAUAGUUUUAUAACACAAUGAGAUCUAUAAUUCUUUAGUUGAUAAUGUUUUCAUUUGAAGUUAUUUAGAGUAUUAAAUAUAUAUUAAAUGAUUCGAACAUGCAUAGACAAAAUAAUAAUAUUGAAUGAGUAAUCAAUAUGUGUUGAGUAGGUGAGUUGGUAAAGGUGCUCUUUGGGGAGGUGGAGGUCUUAAGUUUAAAACUCAUAAUACACAUGCAUGUAUAUAUUGCAAAAAAAAAAGUGGAUUUGUAGGUAGUGAUAUGUGACCAUGUACAGGAUGGCUAGUAUUCAAAAUAUGUUACUCAUCCAGAUCUACAACACUAUAUGCAAGUUGUCUUAAUUGAAUGCAUCAAUUAUACUUUUGCAGGAGUUUGAUGAAUUGUUGUUACAGGGAUAAUGUUUCUAUUCAAAUGGAUGGAUCAAUCCCUCCAAAACCACCGAGGUAUACUGCUUCCUUAGGCACAUGCAAGCCAUGCAACCGCACGGGGCCCCUAAUUUUUAGGUGGCCCAAAAUUUUAUGGUUCAAUAUAAUUAGGAUCUCUAGAUUCUUUUUUUUUUUCAAAUUUCACUUCUUCAGUUCCACUGAACCAGCUAGAACGAGUUAUUUUUGGGUACCAUUUCAUAUCUUUUAGUUAAAAAUAUUAGACUAGUAAAAUAUAAAUAAAACUAAAGUUUAGACUGAAACCAAAUCAACUUUUUAUAUAUCAGUUAUGUAUUUAAAAGUUAUUUUGUCGGAAAGAAAAUUUGGAUUCUAUAUCAAGUACAACUCUACAUUUCUUAAAUAUUACAACUCCACCUCACUUACGAGUUGCUAAUUAGUAAUUCAAUAUUUCAGGAAAUAUUAAUUUAAAAUAAAAUUUGGGCUCUAGAACUAGUACGACUCAAUACUUGUUAAUUUCAAGUUUUUCGAAUUAUUAAAUUAUGGAAAACUUGACCCAAUACCUAUUGAGUUUGUAUUCAUUGAUUCCAAAUUUUAGAAAUAAUAUUUAAUCGAUGGAAAACUUAAAUUAAUAAUCCAUGACAAUUACAAUUUUGUAUAUUUAUUAAUGUAACAAAAUGGUGUUAAUUCUAUAUAUAUGCGUGCAAAUCUCCUACUUUGGUAUAUACUAAAUAAUUAUAACUAUGUAUGUUUAUAACCCAGUUGCCGCCAGCCUCAAAGGGAAACUCACAAUAACUCUGAGAACACGGGUGCCACUGGUAACGAUCAGGCUCAGGAUGAGGGUUUUCUACUCCAUGUCGUAGCAGCCAAUGGGGAUGGUGAAAACUACAGGAAAUGCGCGACAUUGCUCUCUGGGAUGGAUAAAACACGUCUCUUCGCACGCAACAGCGAGAAUAAGACCGCUCUAGAGUGUGCAGCAAAUGCUGGGUACACCAAUAUGGUUUUUCAUCUCCUUGACAUGGAGCGAAAACACAAUUUUUGUGGACUGAACACUAAACCAAAUGAGAUCUUGAAGAAGACAAGUGGACGCUCAGAGACACCGUUGCACGAGGCAGUGAGGCAGCGUUGUGAACGUAAGAUUGAAGAGUUGAAGGGCAAGGACAGUGGUUUAGCGCGUGUCCCGGACAUAAACGGCAUGUCUCCGCUCUACCUCGCCAUCCCCUUGGGAUACAGAGACAUCGUUGAUAAGCUAACCUUAACCUUUGGUGAUGCGAAUCUGUCCUACGAUGGACCAAAUGGACAAAAUGUGCUACAUGCUGCGGCUCUUCAGAGUGCAGAACUCUGAAUUGAUUCUAGGAAGGAGAGGAGAUCUCAUGAAUAAAGCUGAUUGGUCUGGAAGUACACCUCUUCACUUUGCAGCAUCAGUAGGAGUUCAGGGCGUAACAACUGCGCUGCUUGAUGGCAUAGACCAAGAUCGCAGAACGGACUACACCCAACGGCCCGACAACAAUGGGAUGUUCCCCAUACACAUAGCUGCUUCUGUUGGUUCAAUGGACACAAUCACCUCAUUGGUCAAUGCCGAUCAAGACUGUGCCACUCUUCGUGAUAAUGUUAAAGGUAGAACAUUGCUUCAUAUCGCCAUUGAGAAUCGGAAGUACAAAGUAGUCAAAUUGGUGUGCAAAGAUCCGAGGUUCAAGGAAACUCUGAAUUUGGAGGACAACGACGGUAAUACUGCAUUACAUCUUGCUGUAAAGAAAAGAGACGAGUACAUCUUCACGUAUCUCCUACAGAAUAAGGCCGUGGAGCUCAACCAUGUCAACCUAGAAGGCUAUACACCACUCGAUCUUGCAAAAGUGAUAAGGAUGGAAGACUACUUUGCCUCUCCCCAGAACCCAACAGAAUGGAUGGUGAGGGUAUUGGCUCAUUCUGGAGCCGUCUUCAGUCCUCGUAGGCGUGAUGAACUGAUCCGUGGUGGUAGCUCUCAAGAACAAGAAAAGCACGGGAAAACCCUUUCAGAGUCGACUGAAAGCGUGUUGGUCGCAUCGGCGCUUAUCGCGACACUGACUUUCGCUGCAGCAUUCACCAUGCCAGGGUCCUACAGAACGACAGGCCCAAAGGAAGGCACGCCAGCACUGGGUGCCCUCUACGGUUUCAAGGUUUUCCUCGUCGCCGACAUCUUGGCUUUCUUCUGUUCCGUUGCGGCCACCUUCAGCCUUGCCGAGUACGGGAACCGCGGGACGGUGGAUCCCCUUGUCCGCUGUCGGUACUCACAGCGUGCCGUGUGGCUCUUCCAUGUCGCCCUCAGGAGCAUCAUAGUAGCCUUCGCGUUCGGGGUCUCGGUGGUGAUGUGGAACAUUUCUCUCAGUGCCAUCAGCAUCGGUGGUGUAGCCACUAUCGCUGUCGUGUUCUACGGGAACGUUCCUCUUGGUCAAGAUUUCAGGCUUAUGUUGCUGAUGCACCGCAGGUUUGGCUUCUCACGUUCUUGGAACCUGUAUCCUUCUACGGCCUCUCAUCUCAACUGGACAUCCUGGCAGCUCAAAAGCUUUUCCGCGACGCUGGUUUGGAAUCUGAUGAAUCUUUUUUGGACUUAUGUCCUCAUAUUUGCACUUGCUGGCUUCGCUCAACUGAAGCAGAAACAUUAACAGAUCACUUCAAAAUUCGUCAGGGUGAUAAUUCUGUUGGGAUUCACAGGGCAUUUAAUUAUUUUGUUUUCUGUUUUCUUGCAUUCCAUUCCCAAAUUGAUGUCCACAUGUCGUCCUCACCAGUUAGUCGGAGCCAUAUGUAUUUCCUUUUCUUCCAUUUUAUUUGUAUUACUAAUGUAUAAUGACAUGUUUAAUGUUUAAUUAUUGUGUUCCCCGUUGUAGAGAUUAUGGGUACCGGGUACCUCAUGGCUGGGCUAUCCGACUGGUUAUAGGAGAUAGAUCAUGUAUAUAGAAUAUAUGUAUAAGAAUAGAACUCAUGUAUUACGUUUACUUGUGUAUCA